GCUGAAUGUGGAAAGCCACCGACGUACGCUCCAUGCGUUUCCUUUUACGAAUCGAACAAAGCGUUUAGACAGUGCUGCAUAGACCUUGGCAUCAGCAACUGCAAAUCCGCAUGCACCUAUGAUAUAUCAAUGCACAAGAAAGACGGCUUAUUCGGAAAUAGUACCUGCACCUAUGACAACUUGCCAAAACUGAUUUUCUGCGCCAGCAAUGGGUACGACAACAGACCAUGCUGCAAAGACCUGAAGGUGAAAUCCAGCAAGCCGAAAUGCAUCGACUUCUGUCAUUUUCGACGAAUCAAGGAGAACGGACUUACUCUGGCACACGAAGAAUGCCUCUCAGAUAUUCCGAAGAUUUUAAGGUGUCACCGCGCUGGACUUAAGAAAGACGACCUGUUUUAA